UCCUUUCCUCUCUGCCCUGCGUGCUGCCCUCCCUCCAUCUUGCCCGCAGCCCGGGCCCUCUCAGUGUGGUAACCCCAUUUAGCCUCUGUUCUCUCUCUUGUCAGUGGCCGCUCCCCGAGACGCUGAGAUCCGCAAGGACGUUCAGAACUACUACGGGGAUGUACUGAAGACAUCUGCAGACCUCCAGACUAAUGCCUGUGUCACCCAGGCCACGCUGGUCCCCAAGUACAUCCAGGAAACUCUGAAGAAUGUCCAUGAAGACGUUACUUCCAGGUAUUAUGGCUGUGGUCUGGUUGUCCCUGAGCGCCUGGAAAGCUGCCAGGUUUUGGAUCUGGGUUGUGGAAGUGGCAGAGAUUGCUAUAUGCUUAGCCAGCUAGUUGGCGAGAAGGGACAUGUCACUGGGAUAGACAUGACUAAGGUCCAGGUGGAAGUGGCUAAAACCUAUCUUGAGUACCACAUGGAAAAAUUUGGUUUCCAGGCACCCAAUGUGACUUUUAUUCAAGGCUGCAUUGAGAAGCUGGCAGAGGCCGGGGUCCAGAAGGAGAGCUACGAUAUCGUUAUAUCCAACUGUGUUGUCAGCCUUGUCCCUGAUAAACCGCGAGUGCUUCAGGAGGUGUACCAGGCGCUGAAGUAUGGUGGGGAGCUAUACUUCAGUGACGUCUAUGCUAGCCUUGAAGUGCCAGAAGACAUCAAGUCACACAAGGUUUUAUGGGGCGAAUGCCUAGGUGGUGCUUUGUACUGGAAGGAUCUUGCCAUUAUUGCCCAAAAAAUUGGGUUCUGCUCUCCACGUUUGGUCACUGCCAAUAUCAUUACAGUUCAGAACAAGGAACUAGAAAGUAUAAUUGGUGACUGUCGCUUUGUGUCUGCCACGUUCCGACUCUUCAAACUCCCUAAGACAGAACCAGCUAAGAGGUGCCAAGUUGUUUACAAAGGUGGAAUCACAGGGCAUGAAAAAGAUCUGAUCUUCGAUGCAAAUUUCACAUUCAAGGGAGGCGAAGCUGUUGAGGUGGAUGAAGAGACCGCAGCUGUCUUGAAGAACUCCCGUUUUGCUCAAGAUUUUCUCUUCACACCUGUGGGAACCACGCUGUCGGCUACCCGGGGCUGUUCUGAAUUAGAAACAAAGGAUAUAAUCAGAGAUCCAUUCAAGCUUGCAGAGGAAUCUGACAAAGUGAAGCCCAGACAUGCACCUGGUGGCGCUGGAGGUUGCUGUGGCAAAAAGAAAAGCUGUUAGAUCGACGGCCAGCGUGGAGCUCACUGUGUGUGCAGAGAUUACAGGAAGAGGGCAAAGGCACCACAAUCUAGAUUACUGCAAAGAGUAAGAAUGAGUUUUAGGUGUUAAUCUAAAGUUCACAGCAAAGUGCCAGUUUUUCUAUUUCUCUUUCAGUGCUUUGGUGCCACCUGGUGGUCAGAAGUAGAACUUGGAAGCAAAGGAUCAAAGGGGAGGGUGGUGGGAUAACAUGGUCCUUCUGGCCUACCACAGGACACCCCUGGACUGCUCUGUGUUUACCCAGGAAGCAGAGUCCCUACUAAAUUUACACUGACUAUGUCAAAAGAUUGUCAGUCAGAUUUGGCAGGAGUAGUCUUCAGGUCCCUGUCUUCAAAUCUUUUCUUUCUGUAAUUGAAUAAAUAAGACAAAUGAAUAAUAAAUUUCACCCUUAUAAUUGA